AUGAGUGGAUUUUCUGUCAACCUCCUCGGCUUGAGGAUCUUCAUUUCUUGCAUAGGACUUGUGGGUAACGUAUUUCUCAUCCUCUCCAUCCUUAAGACCAAGUUCUCCCGGGUGAAGUCCUUUGAGUUCUUUCUGCUGGGACUGGCCACGGCCAACCUGGAGGAGAUUGUCAUCUUGAACAUCUACGACACUGUUUUUCUUGAGGGUUACUUCAUCAUCACAAGCACUUGGCCGUGUCCCAUUCUCAAGUUCCUGACUAUGUUCGGGGAAAUCAGCAGCAUCCUCUUCACUGUCCUCAUCAGCAUCUUCCGCUACCAGAAGCUGCGAGACGCCAGCAUGAGGUCCAGUCUCCCGAUCUGUCUGGACAGCAUCAGGUCAGCGUGGAUGGUGAGCGGGCUUUGUGUGGCGCUCUCGUUGCUGCUCAGUCUCCCCACUUUUUUCAUAAACCUGCAAGGCUCUGCGGACAAUGCGACGAGAAACACAGGCUACUGCCCGCCAGACUUCUUUAAUUGUGGUAAACAUUCCUGUCACCUAAUCAACCGCUUCUACAAAUACCUGUUCAUCCUGAUGUGCAACCUGCUGCCUCUCAUCAUUGUCACAGGCACCGGCUGCCUUAUCAUCAAAGUGCUGCUGAGCCAGAGGAAGCAGGUGACGUCCGUGAUGAGUGUGUCGAGCCAGACGAGAAAGAAGGGUAAAGGUCCGGGGCGUCAGCGCAGCGUGAUAGCCGUGCUGGCCGCUAUGGGGUUGUUCCAAGUAGACUGGACUCUCUACCUGAUCUUCCAGCUGUUUUACUUCCCCACUGACCUUCCUUUUUGGGAUGAAAUGGAGUUCUUCAUCUCAACUUCUUACACAUCCAUCAGUCCCUAUAUGUACGGGAUAGGUAACAAUCUGUUCUCUAUCAAAAACCUUAUGAGGAAGUGA